AUGUCGUCCAAGGUCAAGGCUGGUCAGCUCUGGGGCAAGAACAAGGAUGAGCUCGCCACACAGCUCGAGGAGUUGAAGUUGGAGCUUAACCAGCUCCGCGUUCAGAAGAUCUCUUCCGGCGCUUCCUCCAAGACUCAGAGAAUCGGCGAGGUUCGCAAGUCUAUCGCUCGCGUUCUCACCGUCAUCAACGCCAACCAGCGCGCUCAGCUGCGUCUGUUCUACAAGAACAAGAAGUACCUCCCGCUCGACCUCCGCCCCAAGCUCACCCGUGAGAUCCGCCGCCGUCUCACCAAGCACGAGCGUACCCAGACCACCGACAAGCUCCGCAAGCGUGCCAUCCACUUCCCCCAGCGGAAGUACGCCGUUAAGGUAUGA